AUCUCUUUCUUCCGGCAGAAGCAACUUUCUGGGUUCUUCCUUUCAGCCCCAUCGUCUCGCGGACGAAUUUGUCGGUUUUGAUCUCUCACCUUCGUUCUUCGAUGGCGACGGAAACCAAACCUGCGGCUGCGGAAGUGCCUAAGGUCGACCUCUUCGACGACGACGACGAAUUCGAAGAGUUCGAGAUCGGGGAAGAAUGGGAGAAGGGAGAAGGCGAAGAAACUAUGCAACAGUGGGAAGAUGAUUGGGAUGAUGAUGAUGUGAAUGACGACUUUUCGCUGCAACUUAGAAAGGAGCUUGAAAGCAAAUCAGAGAAGAGUUAAAAUUAUCUUACAAUUUUCAUUCACUUAGAUGGUCUUAUGAAAUGCACAAACAUGAUGUCUUUAUUUCUUUGCAUUUUGGUUGAUACCGAAAUAUCCUGGCACUAGACUUUCCAACUUGUUUAAGCUACACUUUACUUUCGUAAGCCUGGCAUGCUUUUUAAUAGUUUUUUUUAAAA